UUUGAAAAUUGAAACCCCAAAGCCGUGUACUCCAUAAUAGAGCAAAAACAACUUGGUGAAUUAUUCUAUCUUCUCAAUUAACAAUGAGUGAAACUGAAUCCGACUACUCCAGAGAGGAAGAACAGCCUGUAGAACGAGGCCAUCGCCCGAGUACAUCGAGGAGGGAAAAAUACCCGACGCCGAAUCCGCCUCCGAGGCAUGUUUGGUUACGUCCGUGCAUGCAAGGUUAUGCCGGACGAAUCAAUCACUAUGUAAAGGACACGACACUGAAGGAAGUGGAGACCUGUCUGACGCACUACCAGCGAUUGGAACAAUUUAAUCAAGGUCCGUUUGGGCAUUUACUUCAGUUGAAGAGGCAGGAUAGUGCGAAUGCCGCACUGCACCAUCUUCUUGCACGGGAGUUGUAUGACGAAGCAUUCGGUCCGUGGGAGAAGUGGUUCCACGUUGGUGGACACGACAUUCGAUUCGGCGCAGUGGAGUAUUGUCUGGUGACGGGGUUGUGUUUCGGGCCAUCCCCGCAGCGUUUUGAUCCUGAUGUGGAUCACCGUGUUGGGAAGCAGAGUCUAUGGCACCGAGUUUUGAAAGGCAAGAAGGUGGAAGUGAAGGAUCUGCGGAAGCGGUUCGUGAGCCGCAGUCUGGGCAACAGUGCCCAGGAUUAUUUGAAGGCGGCCAAUAUUCUCGUGGCGUAUGAUCUCAUCUUCUGUCGGGAUUAUAAAUACGUGCACGAUUGGGUGUGGGCACUGGUAGAGGAAGAUCAGGCAUGGUCCGACUUCCCGUGGGGCUCUUACUCAUUCCAGAUUUUGUGUCAUGGGAUGAGUGUGUUGAAGAAGCAUCCCAACGAGAUUACCGGUAAUAGGAAGACGUACCACUUCUAUGGGCCCAUAUGGGCAUUACAGAUUUGGUCGUACGAGGCCAUUCCGAGGUUGGGCAGCGCGUGUGGGAUGCGUGACACGAGGUUGCAGAUGCCACGAUUGGUGAACUGGACGACUUGGAAGUCGGCUUCUGACUUCACCCACUUUUUUUAUGCUCAUGAGGCUGAGUGUCACCGGACACUCGAACCGGUCGAGGAGGAGAAUGAUUCAUGGUAUUUGCAGACCCUGAGGCAUCCAGAGCCCUUUUCUGUACGAUACCAUCCCGGAGGGAAAUACGCUGGCUUGACAGAGCCAGUUGUACCGGAGCCGCCUCCUCCUGUUAGGCCUCCCCCUGUGCAGAGGAGUAUCUCACGAGCAGAGAGGACUCGUGAGAAGCAGCCUGUCCCUGUCCCGAGGAGUAGCUCACGGGCAGAGAGGGCUCGUGAGAAGCAGCCUGUGGCAGCCCGUCGAAGCGGCGCAGGUCAGAGGAGUUUGAUGAUCGCGAGCCUCAGGCAGACCGAGAUGAGGAUUAUUGGAGGCGACGCGAUGAGGACCUGA